AUGAUGGUGGUUACGCCUCCAGUCCUGCCGCCCUCGUUCGAGCCAGACGGAUUCAACUCUCCUGGUCCAUUGAACGGCGUGAGCCGCACCACCACCACCCCUCCCUUCCCCGUCUACGCUCAAGGGCAAGAUCACCACCCACCGUCCCAACAGCUUCCUUGCGUACCUGCCCGGCUCGACCCGGAGAUGCAAAAGCCAAGCUUGCCGCCCACACCAGACCCAUCGCCGCCACGCAACCCCAUCGCCUUCCCAGUGCAGAUGGUCGCUCUCGCUCCACCUGCAGACCAUGUGCCGUCAUCGGCACGCAGUUAUCACUUGGAGCAGGCUUUGCUGUCCCCAGACGAAUACUCCCCACCUUCCACCGGCACAUCUCCUAGCACAAACGCCAGCAGUAGCAGCAGCCAGCCGUCCGCCGUCCCCAGCGCCCGACGCCGCCGCUCAGAGUUUGGAGUCUUAUCGGAACUGUCCCAAUCGCCUUCCAAGCUCUCGCCGACGAAAUCGCCAACAAAGCAACGAGGGAUUGCGCGGUCCGACACGCUUCCUACUCUCGACCGCUUAUCGCUCACAGGCCGCAACCGCUCCCAGGACGAACGCGCACGCGCAAAGUCACGAAGGUCCACGUUUGCGGCGCCCGCACCAGGGCCGUCUUCUGUCCGCAUGGUCGAGAGCCACAGUGCCGACUCCCGCGCGCGGUUGCGUUCCACCCCAGGUCCAGGACUCGGUGGCACAACGCUUGUGCGGUACUCUACACUGGCAACAGAGUACCCUAACGGUUCUCGGAUGCGCAGAAUGGGCCCCGAGUCGGCCACCUCUGCCACACUGCCAGCCCGCACGUUUCCUGGCUCCGCGUCCGACUUUGACGCCGACCUUGACUUCGGCGGACCAGAGGGGCUCGAGGCCAAGGUAGUGCUCCUCGGAUCGCAGGGCGUGGGCAAGACGUCGCUCAUUCUCCGCCUCACCACCGGGUCGUACUCUGCGAUCCCGGCACCAGCUUCUCUGGAAGGUUCGCUAUACAAGCGCAAGCUUGUCCACCACGGCGUGCCUGUCAAACUGCAGAUUUGGGACACCGCCGGCCAAGAGCGCUUCCGCUCCAUGGCCCCGAUCUACUACCGUGGGGCACACGUCUGCAUUCUCGUUUACGACACAACCGACCGCGACAGCUUCAUGGACGUGCGGUCAUGGCUCGACGAGCUCAACAGCAAGGCGUCCAAGGACAUGAUCAUCUACGUGGUCGGUGCAAAGACCGACCUUGACGACCAGCGUGUGGUUACCCUAGGCGAGGCACGCCGCACGAUUCGAACCUGGCUCAAGCCCGCGCCCCCCGAGUCCGAGCUCUUGCUCGAUAACAACUCUCUGUCGCCACCCACCUCGAGCCGCCUCUUUAGAAGCACCUCUACUCGGGCCAGGACAGAGUCUAGCUCUGGGAUCUCGCCUCCGCGCGCCCGCCCGCACUCGAUGCACGGCCUGGCAUCGCUGAUGGCCGCCGCCAGCGACUUUGCUGACUGGGACCCGUCCCCGUCCGGCGUCUCGACGCCUUCGGGGCCUGCCCUCGUGUCGCCUACGCCAGCGCCGACUGUUCACUUCCCGCCUGACGUUACGUCAUCCGGGUCUGGCUCGAGCGUCAGCGCAUCGACCGUCACGUCACCGUCGAGCAGACCGUCUCUCCCACCUCGCCGGAAGCGCGUGUCCUUCCACUCGCCCGCACCGCCGUGCGAACCGAUAUCUGGUACCACUGCUGAGACAGCGGUCGCGUCCACUGCCAACUCGACGUCGCGCGUUCGCCAGACGUCGAACCGUUUCUCGAUCUCAGGCUUCUCCGGUGUCUUAGGCUUAUCUCGCUCCCCGACCACAAGUGAGGCACUCGCCAAUCUUGAGCUUCUUGCCGAGGCCAAUGACCUGCCUCCACGCCCGACCAACUCGCGUGGCUCCCUCACGCCGCUGCGCGUUCGGGUCGAGAGCUCGCCAAUGCUUGGUGACGCGAAGCGGGGCGAAGAGUGGAGCCGAGGAUGGGGCCGAGGAGAGGGCCCGGGCGCAGCCAACGCACUGGAAGAGUUUGGCGCUGUCGUCCGCUCGCAAAAGAACGACCGGAACGGCAAGGGCGCGGGCUCGCACCGUCCGCGCAGUGGCAGCCUCGGCUGCGACUCGCGCCUGUACCCCACAGACUCACGCGACGAGGACGAGGAGAAGCCGCCACAGUGGGGCGUCGAAGUCGAGGGCGUGCGCCUCGGCGAGGUGUCCUCCCUUACCGGCGAGGGCAUCGAGCUCCUCUGCCGUUCGAUCGCAACCGUCCUCGUUACGCGCAAGGACAAGAUUGAGCGCGAGCGCACCCUGCGUAGAAAAGACAGCGUCAUGCUCACGGACACGACCAAGAAGGACGCACGCAAGCCCAAGGGCCGCUACGGGUGUUGUGCAUAG